AUGGAGUGUUACUACAUUGUCAUCAGUUCCACGCAUCUCAGCAACGGACACUUUCGCAACAUCAAGGGAGUUUUCCGGGGCCCUCUCAGCAAGAACGGGAACAAAACUCUGGACUAUGCUGAGAAGGAAAAUACCAUAGCAAAGGCUCUGGAGGACCUAAAGGCCAAUUUCUACUGUGAACUCUGUGACAAGCAGUACUAUAAGCAUCAGGAGUUUGACAAUCAUAUUAAUUCUUAUGACCAUGCACAUAAGCAGAGACUCAAGGAACUGAAACAAAGAGAAUUUGCUCGAAAUGUAGCAUCUAAAUCCAGGAAAGAUGAAAGAAAACAGGAAAAGGCACUUCAACGCCUUCACAAGCUUGCAGAACUAAGAAAGGAAACUGUGUGUGCUCCUGGAAGUGGCCCCAUGUUCAAGUCAACAACUGUUACUGUGAGAGAAAACUUUAAUGAAAUUUCACGAAGAGUUGUUGUAGAUUCAGUUAAUAACCAGGAGGAAUUCAAAUAUGCUUUGAUUCAUAGUGAAGAGAAUCCUAAAGAUGUUACUGCUGCUGCAGCAGACCCAGAAAGCUCAAAUAAUUACACAGCAAAAAAUAACCAAUGUGGGGAUCAAGCCCUGGGAAUUCACAGACACAAAAUCGGCUUUUCUUUUGCAUUUCCAAAGAAAGCAUCAGUGAAGCUGGAGUCCUCAGCUGCAGCCUUUUCUGAAUACAAUGAUGAUGCCUCUGUGGAAAAAGGAUUUAGCAGAAAAAGUAGAUUUUUCCCCAGUGCUUGUCAUCUUCAACUAUCGUCACCAACAGAUGUGCUUUUGAGUUCUGAGGAGAAAGCUAACACUUUUCAUCCACCAGAGGCAAUGGACUCUGACAAAGAAGAAUCUUUUCAAACUCAGGAGAUGAAAGAGUUCUCUAGCAAAAAAGAGACAGUGAUAUUACCUCCAUUUAGUCAGUUUCAACUCCCUUUAUCUUGUGAGGCAGAUAAUUGCCAAAAUUCAGAUCCCAAAGCAGAUAAGAUACCAGAAGAGGCUAUUGUUAAUGAAGAUGUGUCAAUGAAUGGCUGUGAUUCUGAAUUGUUAGGCAAUAAACCCAUACUUAUAGAUUUGCCUAAUGAUUCUAUAUCCUUGGCAGUUACCACACAGAAAAAUAGUGCACCCACAAUUGAAGAUGAAGAUAAAAAGAAUAAUGCUGCACUCGAAGUUGAAAGUGAAAAUCAGGGUGCUGAGAUUUUGACACCUGCAGAUACUAAAGAAGAAAAUGUAGAUUUACUUAAGAAAACUGGCUUAUGUAAAAGACAAUAUGAGCCAUUUGUACCUGUGCUUAACAAACAUGGAUCUACAGUUCUUCAGUGGCCAUCAGAAAUGCUGAUUUAUACAACGACUAAACCAUCAGUCUCUUAUAGCUGCAACCCCCUCUGUUUCGACUUCAAGUCUACUACAUUAAACCACAAGCUCGAUAAAAAUAAAUUGCCCUUAAAUGAUCUUUCCUCUCAGCAGAAGGGAGAAGACAUGUGCAAGGGACCAGUUUCAGGAUACAAGGACACGUCUGUCACAGGACUCACUGACUAUGAAAUUGCAGGUGAUAGAGGAGAAUAUACCCAGCUCACUCCUCUUCUAGCAGAUGAAACUGUCUCCAACAGUUAUAAUUCUGAGAAAAAUGAGGAAAUGAGCCUGAGAUUUAAAAAUAUAUCCUGCAGAAUCAGAAACACGGAAAAAUCUAAUUCUUCUAAAAAGCAACUAAAACAGGACAUACCUGAUGAGAAACACAAGAUAAGGUUGAAAGAAAGUCAUGAACCCUGGUUCCACAAAAGUCGAAGAAAAAAAAGAAAAAGAAAAUUCUGUCCACAUCAUCAUAGGGAAAAAACCAAAGAAUUAGAAUAUAAUUUUAAAAUGGAAAUGGAGAAUAAUGACACUGAUAAAACGAGGGCAAAUGUACUGGAAACAAUUUCAGAAAAGCAGUAUAUAGCUGUCGAACAAUUAGCAGAAUCACAUCACUUACCCGAUAAAAGACCAAAAGCAGCACCUGUAUCCCCAAGUGAAAAUGAAGAAAUGAGUAAAACAUGGAACACCCAGUACAGCAACAGUGAUGCUAUUAAUUCUAAAAGCCACCAUAAAAAUAAUACACUCAUUUUAAAUGGACACUCAAAUCCAUCCUUGAUACAUGCUGGGAAGCAUAGUUUAACAUAUUCUAGAACUUUCUGUAGUUGGAAAGCUAGAAAGUUGAACUAUAGCAAAGAGCACAAAUGCUUAGUUCUUCAAAAUGAUGUGAAAUGUGUAAAUCAGAAUCAGGCUGUUAAAAGAGGUUAUAAUUCUCUUGAAUCAGAAAGAUUUCACAGAAAACGUAGACAGCAUUCACGUUCUUACUCUUCAGAUGAAAGCUUAAAUCGUCAGAAUUAUUUACCAGAAGAAAUUCUGAGACCAUCAAGCACUUCAGUUGCUACCUGUAAACCUAAAAAGAGACGGAGGAGAAAAAGAAGCAGAUUCCAUACUAGGAAUGAAGCUUUGGAACUUAAAGAGAAUGUAAAUUGCCUCAUAAAAGACAAUUCUUCCUUAAGCAACUUGGUUGAGUUAAUAAAUGAAGACCAAAAAGAGGAAACAAAAGAACAAGGAGCUACAAAAGAUGAAAAUAACUCUGGCAAAACAGAUGAGAUUGAAAACAAUCUGACAUUGGACUCCACCGAUUCUGCAACCAAUGAGGAAACGGAACAUUUAGUUAUGGAAACCACUUCUGGUGAAUUUACAGAGUUUUCCAAUGAUCCCACUACAUCUGUCUAUAGACCUACUGUCCCAACAAAAGGAUCUAAUGUUCCUACUAAAGUAGCAACUGAAAACACUUUGCCUGAACACAAGAAAAGAUCUGAGAAUGUCAAUAUUGAUAAUAAACAAAUUCCUGCCAAGGUGUCCAGCAUUGAAAGGAACUUUAGACAACCACAGCCUAAAUCAUACCUUUGUCAUUAUGAACUGGCUGAGGCCCUGCCACAAGGAAAGAUGAACGAAGCCUCAACAGAAUGGCUACGGUAUAAUUCAGGAAUCCUUAACACACAACCACCAUUACCAUUUAAAGAAGCACAUGUCAAUGGUCAUACUUUUGUAACAACUGAACAAAUUUUGGCUCCUUUAGCUUUGCCAGAGCAAGCAUUAUUAAUCCCUCUGGAAAAUCAUGACAAAUUCAAAGAUCUACCGUGUGAGGCCUACCAGCAUAUCAUACCAUCAAACAUGCUGGCCAACAAGGUCAAAUUCACCUUUCCUCCAGCUGCCCUCCCACCCCCUGGCACACCUCUGCAGCCUUUGCCUUUGCAGCAGCCCUUAUGUUCUACCUCUGUAACCACAAUCCACCACACUGUUUUGCAGCAGCAUGCAGCAGCUGCAGCAGCUGCAGCCGCCGCCGCAGCUGCAGGAACCUUUAAAGUGCUCCAACCACACCAACAGUUCUUUUCCCAAGUCCCAGCUCUAUCCAGAACAUCUUUACCUCAGAUCUCAGUUGGACCUAGGCUUUGUCCUGGGAACCACCCAACUUUUGUGGCUCCUCCUCAGAUGCCAAUCAUUCCAGCUUCAGUUCUUCAUCCUGGCCAUCUGGCUUUCUCACCUUUACCCCAUUCCCUGUUUCCUUCACUGCUUUCCCCACAUCCUACUGUCAUCCCUCUGCAACCCCUCUUCUAA